AUGAAUCUUUUGAACGGCUGAGAUCGGUCGAUCGACCUCGCUUCCAUUCCGAACUCGGCUGGCGCGGCUAGCUGCGAACCAACUGCUCCCAUAUUUUCAUCCAUCUCUCAGCCACUUGCUUCCUUCCAUUCCUGAACAAAACCCUAGCUUCAAAAUCUGCAAGAAGAGGAGAAGAAGCCAUAGAACGUUCGAUUCCAUUUUGAUAUCUUCUGCGACCAUAUUAGGUCUUUGGAACCCGAGCAUUGCGCGUACCUGCGAGUAAUCUACUCGUGGGAUUCGCGAUUUAUCCCUGUGGAGUCAUUGGGUGUUCGAGUCAGGGAUGGGAUGCUCUUGAGGAGAAUUGGAUGGUGUUUACAAUAUGGAUUUGUGUUGAAGGAGUGUACAGUGAUGCGAAUAUCGGUGAGAAUUUGGUUUGCUAAUCACAUAUGUUUAGGCUGAUGAAAUGCUUCCUCGGCCUUGAUCCGAAGAUUCCGCAGCCAAGGAGACUGCUUGAUGCCAAGUCGGUGUCUCCGCUGAGAUCCGUUGAAUUCAGGCAGCCGGAUAUGUUGGAGAUGGUGCAUGAGAUCGCCAUAUACAUUCAUCGGUUCCAUAAUCUUGAUCUCUUUCAACAAGGGUAACGGCUAGGGAAUGGAAUGUGCUGGUAAAAGUUAGCUUGAGAUGGGAGGAUGGUGGACAGCGGUCUCGUGGUACUCCGUCAAGGGUUGUUCAGUAUGAAGCCCCUGACAUGGCCUCAGAUGAUAUCUUGGGUGUUUGGAGGAUAGAUGAUGCUGAACAGAGUUUCUUUACACAGCCAUUUCGGAUAAAAUAUGCAAGGCAGGAUGUCCUUUUGUCCGUAAUGAUCUCUUUUAACCUAAAUAUCGGAUCAGAUGAGAUGCCUGCAACGUCAGCAGUAAUACUAAAAUUUGAGCUCAUGUAUUCUCCUCUUUUGGAAAAUGGCAUGGAGAUGCAGGGUACUUUUGAGGCAUUUCCUACAGCAAUUCAUGAAUUCAGGAUUCCUCCUAAAGCAUUGCUUGGCAUACACUCAUACUGUCCUAUUCAUUUUGACGUAUUCCAUGCAGUACUUGUUGAUCUAAGCAUACAUAUUGUUCUUUUGAAAGCCGGUAUGACUUCCCAGAAGGUACCCAGCGGAUCUCGCUUGGUGGAACUUGAUGCGAAAGGAAUUUAUAAACAACCAAACCAAUUAUUGGGACAAGGAAUGAACUCGAGGGAGAUUGAACUUGUCAAGUCAUUGUUAAUAUCACGUGAAAUUCUUGUCGUGGAACUCCAGAAGAUCAGUAGUGUUAUUGAUCAGAAAAUUGAUGAUUUAACUGAAGCUGAUUUAAAUUUUGGUAUAUUUGGGUUAAGUGAUUCUACACUGUCAGAUAUAUCUGGUGUCAGUUCUGGUGGGAAGAUGGGCGGGGGACAGUUGGCUGGCAUUUUUCAGGAUAUCGUAGAGAAAUCUAAUGGUUUGUUUGGCAUUCGGAAUGAUGUCAUGCUCUAUUCUCUAUCCAAGGAAGAGAUUCUUGAUGUAUUUUUCUCCAUAGGCAGCCAACUUUCAUUAAUAUGGAAUGCAUUUUUAAAGUUCCACAGGGCUCAUAGAAUAAAGAUAAUUGAACAUCUACACAGUACAUGGACUGCUGAUAGGAAGGCGGAAUGGUCAAUUUGGAUGGUCCAUUCUAAGAUUGAGAUUCCUCAUCGCUAUUUGCGAAGUAAUUCUAAUGACUCAUCACAACGCAGCGCUCUUGGAAAGGCUGCUCAACGAAAAUAUGGUGAUGAUCCAGCACAAAGUGCAACUGCUCGUGCUGAGCUUCACAGGAAAAGCAUUGCACAAAUGAAGAUUAAUAACAGAUCAAUUCAAGACAUGCAGAUUUUCGGUGAUCCUUCACGCAUACCUGUUGUUAUUAUAGAACAACAUAUCAUGAAUGUUCCUGUGCAUGGUUCUAGUGACAACUUAUUGUUAUCUACCUCAGAGGAGAAUGACCCUUGUGGAGUAACUACGGGUUUUAGCGAAAAGAAUGCAACUGAAACCUCUGUUCUUGGCAUUAGAAAUGGCCGUGUGCUAAAAGUUGUGGUGUUUGUACAUGGAUUUCAGGGGCACCAUCUGGAUCUCCGUCUGGUUAGGAAUCAGUGGCUAUUGUUAGAUCCAGGUGCUGAGUGUCUGAUGUCAGAGGUUAAUGAAGAAAAAACUUCCGGAGAUUUCAGGGAAAUGGGAAGCAGAUUGGCUGAAGAAGUAGUUGCUUUUCUUAGGAAAAAGAUUGACAAGCUUUCCAGAUAUGGAGGUUGCAACGACAUAAAGCUUAGCUUUGUCGGCCAUUCUAUUGGAAACAUAAUAAUAAGAACUGCUUUAACAGACAGGUUGUUCGAUCCUUAUCGUAAGAACCUUCAUACAUAUAUGUCAGUUUCUGGGCCACACCUGGGGUACUGGUACAGCUCCAACUCUUUAUUCAACUCUGGUUUGUGGGUCUUGAAGAAACUCAAAAACACGCAGUGCAUCCAUCAGCUUACUUUCAGUGAUGAUGCUGAUCUCCAGAAUACUUUCUUUUACAAACUGUGUAAGCAGCAGACCUUAGAGAGCUUCAAGAAUAUUAUCCUACUAUCCUCACCACAGGAUGGUUAUGUUCCAUAUCAUUCAGCCAGAAUCGAGCUAUGCCCAGCUUCUUCAUCAGAUUACUCUAAGAAAGCUCAAGUGUUCUUAGAAAUGCUCAACAACUGCCUCGAUCAAAUCCGAGCUCCCUCAUCUGAGCAGCGAAUAUUUAUGCGUUGCGACGUCAACUUUGACUCAUCUAACCAGGGGAAGAAUUUGAAUACCUUCAUUGGCAGAGCAGCCCACAUUGAGUUCCUCGAAACUGACAUCUUUGCUAAGUUUAUAAUGUGGUCAUUUCCCGAACUCUUCCGCUGACACUUUUCUGGCCUUCCUUUCACAACUUCAACCUUCUCGUCCUCUCCACUCUCCCAUUCAUUGUGCAGUCAGUUCUCUAGGAUAAUAGUUGGACAGAUUAUUUUGUGCGGACAUCGGACGGGAGAGCCGUCCGGUUUUCUCUCUGUCUACAGUAAAAGCGUAGCAGCUGCGUUUUUACUGUUGACAGAGAGAAAACCGAAUGGUUCUCUCCGCCCGUUAUCCGCACAGAAUAAUCUCUCUAAUAGUUGACGCAAACUUUCAUGAUCAAGCCACUUCUGCCGGACUAGUGAGGCUUUCAUAUUGAAGCUAGAGAUAUUGGGGCAUUUUAUUGAUAUGUUGUAAAUUAUGGCUCUUUAAUUGAAUUUUUUUUAUUCUUUCCUAAGAGGAAAUGUAAUUAUGUAGCCAUAGAGUAACCUCCUGUGACUAGUAUUCUUACCGUUUUAGACAGUUUUUUUGAAGUAGGUGUACAAGGAACAGCUUCCUAUAGCCAUGUACCAUAUUAUUAGAACUUGAUAGUUAUUUACAGCUAGUGUCUCAUUGUCUUUCU